UCGCGCACGCUUCUGAUUCACUACUCUCGAGUGCUCUCGAGAGUGCUUUGGUCAUCAGAGUUCUAUAAACUUCGUGCGUGCUAUUAAUUACGUUUCAUUUUAUUUUUCUUCGAGCAAGUAAGAAAAAAGAGAAAGAAAAAAAAGGAAUAACGGAAAAUAAAUAAAUCAACAAACGGUUUGGUCGUAGGAUAUUACAUAGUGAAAACGAGAAGAUUUAUUUUGGUUAUUUAUACAAAGGAGUUUUUAAGAUUCCCGCGCGUUUUUUUUUUCGUCCACACGCCAACGACUUUUUCUACACGUUCUUUCAAUUUGUAUUUAAAAAAGAAGCGGAAAUAAGCGAGGUUCCGUGACUGGGCAUGCUACUGGGAAACGUGGAGAGGGCGUGUCUCUUAUUGACAGCAAUCCACGUUUUGCUUGGCAAAGGUGUCGAUGCAGACACGUUUACCCUUGGAUACAUCACCGGUUCGAAACGAUGUCCAGGGGAUAAGGAAUACAAUCGUUUGGGCUAUUGGAUAUCCGGUGCAAUCACUCUCGCUGUAGAAAAGGUAAAUGCAGGAGAACUCGGUAGACAAGGUCACAAACUUGAUUUUUUGGUCGGCGAGACGAACGGCAAAGAGAUAACCAGCAUACUGAUGACAGCUGAUCUCUGGAAGAAGAAUGUUUCUGCUUACAUCGGUCCACAAGAGUCCUGCAUUCACGAAGCAAAAAUGGCUGCAGCAUUCAAUCUCCCAAUGAUAUCAUACUAUUGUUCAAAUCACGAAACUUCCGAUAAAAAUAAAUUUGCAACCUUUGCAAGGACACGACCACCUGACACACAAAUCUCUAAAUCUGUUGUUUCCGUUUUGAAAGCUUUCAAUUGGACUAAGGUGACGUUCAUGUAUUUAAAUUCAUCCUUGGUAGAUUUCAGUGAAAUGUCAAUCGUCGGUACAACGAUCCUAUCGUUUUUGGAAAAUAAUGGAAUUACAGUUAAUUUUCGUCGUUGUUGGAAAGAUCCUUAUUAUUUAAUGGAAAAUGUGAUGAAUCCAUUUCAUAAAAUUGUCGAAGAAACUUAUCGGGAGACUCGAAUUUACGUGAUUCUAGGAAAUCACGACGAGCAUAUGGGUCUCUUGAUGGCACUCGACAAAAGGAAUCUCUUGGAAAAAGGAGAAUACUGGGUAGUUGGUAUUAACUUCGAUCAAUACGAUGAACAAAAGCCAGACAAAUAUCUUCGUGGAUUAUAUCAGGAUAGAAUAAAGGAUUAUUCCAUUCUUAAAGCUUAUCGCAAUUACUUCAGCAUCGUUGCAUCGGCGCCGAUCGACUACCAAAAUUUCACGAAAUUGGUCAAUGAUUAUAUGCAGAAACCACCCUUUAACUUUACCAAUCCAUUGUUGACGUUGAACAUUGAGGCAGGAGUUCUGAUUGGGCCAGAACCGGCUUACCUUUAUGAUGCUGUUCUUCUUUACGAAAUGACACUGUUGAAAGCAUUGAAGGAAAAUCGUGAUCCAAGAAAUGGAACAGAAAUGGUAACUGCUUUACAUGGAUAUCGUUAUCGCAGUGCUAUGGGUUAUAUGGUGUACAUGGAUGAAAAUGGAGAUGCAGAAGGUAAUUACACAUUGAUUGCUUUUGAUAAUCACACUAGCAAGGGCUAUGGUCUUUAUCCUAUCGCAUAUUUUGUUGGUAAAGAAAAAGGGACAAAUUUACCUAAACUACGAUUAAUACGAGAAAUUUCUUGGGUCGGUGAUGGUCCACCUAUUUCGGAACCUUAUUGUGGAUACCAUGGUGAAAAAUGCAAGUCUUACAUGAUCGAGAUAGUCGGUGGUAUAGGGGGUGGAUUACUAUUAAUCAUCAUAGCAGUGCUUCUGGUUCUAUAUAGAAACUGGAAAUACGAACAAGAAUUGGAUUCGUUGCUCUGGAAGGUAAACUAUAAGGAAAUUCAGAUUAAAGAGGCGAAGGAUGAAAAUGCAACAUCAAAUGAGAUUUCAGUGAAAUGCAAUUCUAAGACAUCUACAACACAACCAAUAGUAAGAACGAGUCAAGUAUCCUUAAGUUCGAAUCCGGACGCUGAUUUUCGCUAUUCCAUGAUUUAUACGCAAAUUGGGGUUUACAAAGGACGAAUUUUUGCCAUUAAAAAAAUAAGAAAGAAAUCUAUCGAGAUUACGCGAGAGAUGAAGAAGGAAUUGAAAAUUAUGCGAGAUUUGAGACACGACAAUUUAAAUGCUUUUAUUGGUGCUUGCACUGAUCCUCCAAACAUAUGCAUCGUCGUUGACUAUUGUGCACGGGGAAGUUUGAAGGAUAUUUUAGAAAACGAGGAUAUCAAACUCGAUAACAUGUUCAUGGCAUCGCUUGUUGGUGACAUUAUAAGGGGUAUGAUUUAUCUUCACGAGUCUGUAAUAAAAUAUCACGGAUCGCUCAGUACAUCAAACUGCCUCGUUGACUCUCGUUGGGUCGUAAAACUGGCGGAUUUUGGGCUUCACGAAUUUAAACGAGACGCCGAAUGUGAGCCAAGUGACGUUAUGAAAAAAUAUCACGGAUUGUUGUAUCGAGCACCAGAAUUGUUACGUUCUACCGGACUUGAUGAACCAUCAGCGAGAGAUUUUCAAAGAGGAGACGUAUAUUCCUUUGCUAUAGUUCUUUACGAGCUUCAAGGUCGACACGGUCCUUUCGGUAUAACUCUAUUGUCUGCUCCCGAAAUUUUGAAGAAAAUAAUUACGAGAGAUCCCCUUAAAUCUCCGUACAGACCACCGUUGGAACAACUAGAGAACACUUUUGAUUUUGUUCGUGACUGUUUAUUGGAGUGCUGGGCUGAAGAUCCAGAAAGUCGACCAGAUUUUAAGAUCAUAAGAAACAAAUUAAGACCAUUACGAAAGGGCAUGAAAGCAAAUAUAUUUGACAAUAUGAUGGCUAUGAUGGAAAAAUAUGCUAAUAAUCUCGAAGCUCUCGUUGACGAACGAACUGAUCAGCUGACGGAAGAAAAAAAGAAAACAGAUGCGUUGUUGUAUGAAAUGCUUCCAAAAUACGUGGCCGAACAAUUAAAACGAGGAAACAAAGUGGAAGCUGAAAGUUUUGAUUGUGUUACGAUCUAUUUCAGUGAUAUUGUCGGAUUUACAAAAAUGUCUGCCGAAAGUACCCCUUUACAGGUGGUGAAUUUUUUAAACGACUUGUAUACGUGUUUCGACUCAACAAUCGAAAAUUACGAUGUUUAUAAAGUCGAAACUAUCGGUGAUGCUUACAUGGUGGUAAGUGGAUUGCCGAUAAGAAAUGGCAUUCAACAUUCUGCAGAAAUCGCCAGUAUGUCUUUGUGCCUUUUAGAUGCCAUCAAACAAUUCUCCAUUCGUCAUAGGCCUUUGGAUAAAUUGCAACUACGAAUAGGAAUUCACUCAGGUCCUGUUUGUGCUGGAGUAGUUGGUUUAAAAAUGCCACGAUAUUGUCUUUUUGGUGACACCGUGAAUACAGCCAGUCGUAUGGAAUCAACAGGAUCUCCUUUAAAAAUUCAUUGUAGUAGCGAGACAAAAAAGUUGUUGGAUAAGCUAGGUGGCUUCAGUUUGGUUGAACGUGGUAUAAUUUCCAUGAAAGGUAAAGGGGAUCGUCUGACCUACUGGUUAAUGGGUGAAGAUCCAGUCUAUCGAGAAGAACGUAUGAAAGAAAGAAUGAAUCGUAGAAAUGCAACGAAUAAGCGUGUUAGUAUAGUUGAUCCUCUUGUACCAAGAAGUUCCUUAAAAAACAAAUCUCUCGUUAGAUCGACGUUCAUGAGAUGUUCAAGCGAGUCUCCGAAACGUUUACGUUUCGCCAGUUCCGAUCAAUUGGAUCAAAAGGGUACACAAACAAGCAACCAAUUGGAAUCAAUCGUCGACAGUAGUCCGUGCAAACCAAAAUCAUCGUCCUCGUCUCUAAUGAAGGCCGCUUGUAUAGAAAAUUGGAGAUCUAGUAGCAAUUCUUGUCCAUGCGUAGAAAAACUUUGCGAAAGUCAAACGGAUCUUUUGCAACAUUCACUUGACCUAAGGAAAAAAAAUCAAAAUGAUCAUCAUAUAGAAAACAGUUUCCUUUUUGAUAACGAUUCUUAUCUUUUGAGAACUGGGACAAAAAAUCUUCGAUUCGGUACAUCAGCGAUACUUCAAGUUACUUGCAGAUCAGCACCCAGUAGCCCUAGGCAUAGUUCAACUAUUUUAAACGCACAGAAAAGAGCUACUCAGUCGACCGAAGAGAUCGAUGGGUGGGACGUUAAUUCUCCGUUGAUUUGUCACCCUGUUAAUAGGAUCGAUUGAACUAGAUAUUUUUAAAUUUAAUUGUAAGAUUUUUAUUUUCUACGACAUUUUAUCGUAAAUUUAAGUUUCUUACGUUUAUA